AUGGAUUGUGGACUCCUGGACUUCCCUUUUCUGGGGGAUUGUUUGUCUUUGAGAGGUUGGUGCGAUAAGAAGCCUAUCAGAUGUAGGUUUGAUAGAGCUUUGGGUAAUAAGGAUUGGCAUGAUUUAGUCCCCGAUACGGUGACUGAAUAUUUACCGAUGAUCGCGUCUGAUCACAUGACCCUGGUAACGAGUAUAGGUGCAAAGAGGCUACGGGGGCGGCGGAGUUUUAUGUUUGAUCGGCGUUGGGUUGGUAAGGCGGGUUUAAUGGAGGCGAUAUCUUCUGGUUGGCAUGCUGAACAUGACCCAGGCUCGGCCGGGUUUGUGGAUAAAAUUGUGUCUUGUCGGCGGGCGAUUUCUCGCUGGCGUAAGGCGCAGGUUCCAUAUGGUAGGGAUUUGAUUGAAGAUCUUAAAUGGGAUGAGGAAAUUCAUUUGUAUCAGAAAAGUAGGAAUCGGUGGAUGCGGGUGGAGGAUAAAAAUACAAAAUAUUUUCAGGUGCAAACUAAACAGCAACGGGCUCGUAAUAGGAUUGUAGGACUUUACAAUAAACAGGAUGUUUGGUCAACAGAAGAUGAGGAUAUCUGUGAUAUGGCGGUCUCGUAUUUCGAGGAGCUGUUCACUUCGAUUAACCCAGACAAUUUUGAGUAUGUUUUACGGGAGGUUAACACGGUCAUUACGGAUGCGGAUAAUACCCGGUUAACUGCUCCGGCUACGGAAGCAGAGGUUAGACAGGCUUUGUUUAUGAUGCACCCGGAUAAAGCUCCAGGGCCGGAUAGGAUGACUUCUUUGUUUUUCAAGAAGGCACGGACCGUUGUCAAAGCUGACCUUGUCUCUAUGGUUAAUCAGUUUCUGGAGGAGGGUGUUUUUGAUAAAGAUUUAAAUCGCACGCAUAUUUGUCUUAUCCCUAAGGUGGUCAAGCCGACGCGGAUGGCGGAGCUGCGCCCCAUUAGUUUGUGUAAUGUGGGGUAUAAGGUAAUCUCUAAGGUUUUGUGUCAACGGCUUAAGGUUUUCUUACCUGGUCUCAUUUCGGAGACGCAGACGGCUUUUGUUCCGGGUCGUUUGAUCUCGGACAAUAUUUUGAUUGCUCAAGAAAUGUUUCAUGGGCUGCGGACGAAUCACUCGUGUAAAGAGGUUCUUAUUGCGAAUAUCCGGAAGGCGGAGGCAGAUAAGAGGAUCACGGGUAUUAAGGUGGCCAACAAGUGCCCGCCAAUCACCCACUUACUAUUUGCGGAUGAUAGCCUUUUCUUCUGUAAGGUUGAUAAGGAUCAAUGCCUGGCGAUUUUGGAGAUUUUACGGCAGUAUGAGGGGGUCUCGGGUCAACAGUUUAAUUUGGCAAAGUCUUCGAUACAAUUGGGUCACACGGUUGAUACGGUAGUUCAGACGGAAAUACAGGGGGUUCUAGGGAUCACUAAUCGGGGNCUAGGGAUCACAAAUCUGGGGGGAAUGGGUUCUUAUUUGGGUAUCCCUGAGAGUCUGGGAGGGUCCAAAAUUAAGGUUUUCUCUUAUGUCAGAGAUCGCUUGCAGAGCCAUACGACUGGGUGGUCGGCGAGGUUACUCUCGAAAGGGGGGAAAGAGGUUAUGGUCAAGUCAGUCGCGAUGGCAGUCCCGACUUUUGUGAUGUCUUGUUAUCGUCUCCCAAAGACAAUCACAUCAAAACUGACCAGUGCAGUGGCAAAUUUCUGGUGGAGUACAAAUGGCCAGUCCGGGGGUAUGCAUUGGAUUGCGUGGGAACGGCUCUAUUGUAGCAAACAGUUAGGUGGUUUGGGUUUUAAGCGUGUUGAUGAUUUUAAUACUGCUCUGCUGGCUAAGCAACUGUGGAAACUGAUAGAGUUUCCAGACUCCCUAUUUGCCAGGGUUUUUAAAAGUAGGUAUUAUCGGAACUCAGAUCCUAUGGAUCCAAUACGAUCUUAUUCACCCUCGUACGGGUGGAGGAGCAUCGUUUCUGCUCGCUCUCUGGUAAACAAAGGACUUAUUACACGGGUUGGUUCAGGGACCUCAAUUUUUAUAUGGAGUGAUCCCUGGAUCCCAGCCCAAUUCCCGAGACCAGCCUUAAGUAACGGCCCUUUUAAGGACCCAAAUCUCCGAAUACCUCAUUUGAUUGAUCGUUAUACUAAUUCUUGGCGUAAGGAUCUACUCACCCAGCAUUUCGAUUCUAUGGAUGAUUAUUUGGGGUGGCAUUUUACUAAAACUGGGAAAUAUACAGUAAAAUCAGGGUAUGAGAUGGCACGUUCAGAUGUCCAGGGUCCUUUUCGGGCCUUGGGUUCUGGGCCAGAAAUCACCUCCCUUCUUGCAAGGGUUUGGAAGGUUUGGGCUUUGGCCAAUGUCCCAGUGGGACCACAUCUUAUCCCGACGGGGUCGGUCUAUACUAACUUAGAUCAUUUUCUGGAUCUGAAAGGUCCGGGUUCACACAUCUCGGCUUUUCCUUGGCUGAUGUGGUAUAUUUGGAAAGCUCGGAAUGCUCGUGUUUUCGAGAACCUUGAUGAACUCCCGAAUGUGGUUGUCCGGGUAGCAGAAGGCGAGGCUGUGACCUGGCAGGAGGCUCAGGAUGGUGUUGUAUCUCGUCACAAAACACCCCCCGGUGUUUGGAGCGACCAAUUUCCGGUUAAGUUUAUCCCGUUACAUGCUGAGGUUGAAGCUUUCCUCUGGACGAUGCACUGUAUGAUUGGACACGAAUUCUGGGAUGUGGUUUUCCUUACCGACUGCUCAGACUUGGUGAAAAUGGUGUCUUCUCCUACUGAUUGGCCAGCGUUUGCAACAUACCUCGACGACACUCGAAUGGACAGGGAGGAGUUUACUUCCUUUUCUUUGCUUUUUGUUCCACGACAAGCUAAUGUACGCGCGGACUCCUUAGCACGCCAAGCGCGUGUGUCCCUGUAG